AAAAAAAAUCUACUCAUCAGUGAAUUCUGAAAAAUACAAUCUGUGACAGAAGAAAAACAAAGAAAAAAGUUAAAGCAGACAUGAAGGUCCAGAAGGGAUGGAGCUGCAUUGUGUUCAUUCUGAUCCACAUGACACACACCGCUUGGACACAGCGGUUUCAAGUCACUGGACCUUCUUCAGCUGUUCUUGCUUUUGCUGGUGAAGAUGUCACCCUACCUGCCUCAUUCUCACCAGUUAUCAGUGCUAAGUGGUUUGAAGUGAGGUGGUUUAGAGACAACUUUGACUCUCCAGUACUUCUGUACCAGAAUUUCCAAAUCAGACCUGAGCAUCAGAUGCAGGCUUAUAAGGGAAGGACAGCACUUUUCAGAGAAGAGCUGCUGAAUGGAAACGUGUCUCUGAGACUGCAGGACGUCCGUGUUUCUGACCGUGGGCUCUACAAAUGUUUUGUGGAGUUUGAACUAUGGAAUGAUGAAGUUCACAUCACUCUGAAUGUUGAAGCUUUAGGUGGUCAGCCCUCCAUUUCCAUGAGCUCUCCAGAGAACCAGCAGAUCAGAUUGGAGUGCACGUCUGACAAGUGGGGCACCACACCAGACGUGACCUGGAGGGGCAUGAAUGGAGUGGACAAGACGUCUGAGUCCAGUAUCACUGAAGAGUGGGACAAUGAGGGAUUUCUUAGAGUCAGUAGCUUCAUCCCUAUCAAGCAGGAGUUCAACGUGUUCUCCUGUCUCAUGAGAAAUAAAGUGCCAAAGCCUGACUGGCAUUCGGGCCUUACCGUCUACGUUUUCUCCCCGGGAGUCUCAGGCUGGUUGGUGGUCUUCUGGUUAUCAUUGCUUCUGUAUGUGGCUGUGGCGGCUUUACUGAUAUUUCAAUGGAGGAGAAUGAGAGGACAUAAAGCAAGAUAUGAAUCCAAAGCUUGCUUUCUAUUAUUGUGUUACCUGAGAACGGAACUUGAGAAGAUCAAAGCUCCAGCUUUCUCACAGACCAUUCCUAAGGCUCUCAAAAGAUACCAUCAUGAAGAUCUUCUCAAGAUCACCGAGCACUUCAGGCCCUGCCUGGCCUAUCUGAUUAAAGCUAAGAUGACAAAUAUCCUGGAGAGCCUGGUCAGCAAGGAGAUCCUCACCAAUGAUGAGAUGGUGAAAGUCAAAGAAGAGCCUGAGGCGACAGAGUAUGUGGAUUCCGUCAUCAGUGAAGUAAUGAAGAAGGACAGAAUGGUGUUAAUCAGCCUGUGGGAGACGCUAGCUGAGCAACUUGAAACAUUCAAAUCACCAAACCUCAUAGCAUUAAUCAAGGAGGUGACAGAAGCAAGAAAUAAACUUUUAGAGGAGAUUGACACCAGAAACGAGCCACCUGUCUCUGACCCUCUUGCUAAAGACCUCCAUGAGACACACAGACAGGCUGUGUCUGAAUCCACAAGAACUCUGAAUGCUCAGGCUUCUCCUGGAGAUCCACACACCACAGCUGUGGGCUUUGAGACUCUAUACACAGAGUUGGUGGUCAUUAAACGGGACACCAAAAGCCAUAAUGAGACUGAACAUGAACUUACAAAAACUGGGAGAAUUCAUGAAAAUCUCAUGAAGAAAGGAGCAGCACAGAAAUGUGAACGAAUCUGGACUGAGCAGCUGUUUAGGAAAAGUCCUGUAAGUGUAAAUCCAGUCAACAUCAUAGUGGUCAGUGGGAUGGUGGGAAUAGGGAAGACCACCAUGGUACAGAAGAUCAUGUAUGACUGGGCCAGAGGCACUCAGUACCAGAGGUUUGCAUUUGUGUUCCUGUUUAAAUUCAGAGAGCUUAACUUCCUAGACAAUGUGAAUGAGCCACAAAUGUCACUGACCAAACUGAUUGAAAGGCACUAUAAAUAUCUCAGUAAUGAUCAACUGAAAGAUGUUCUCAAGAAUCCUGAAUCUCUCCUUUUUAUAUUCGAUGGACUGGAAGAAUACAAACACAAACUGAACUUCACACCGAGUCAACUCUGCUCAAACUCAGACGUUGAGGUGCCUGUCCACAUUCUGGUCACCAGUCUGGUCAGUCGGACAUUACUGAAGGGCUGCUCAGUCCUGAUAACAAGCAGACUAACAGCCCUGGAAGCCAUGGACAUGGAAAGAGUCGAUCAGUUUGUAGAGAUCCUGGGGUUCUUCCCUGAGCAAAGGCUGAUGUACUGUAAGAAGUUCUUUGGUGACGCUGCUCUGGGUGCUGAGGCUUUUCAGUAUGUCAAGGAGAACACCAUCCUGUACUCAAUGUGCUUCAACCCCUUGUACUGUUGGAUGAUCUGCUCUGCACUGCAGAGACACUUUAUGACACCUGAAAAAGCCAAAAGUGAAGCUCUGAAAGUAGGUCAGUGGCUCUGUGAGACUCAGAAUAAGGAGUUAAUUAGAGACACCAUUGGAGAGGAGUUAAAGAUGAACUUUAGCAACAUGACUUUAUCUGCUGUGGACUGUGCUGUGCUGGUUGCUGUCAUCAGCUGCUGUGGAGAGCUUAAAGAACUUGACCUGUCAGAGACACUUCUCACCGCCGAGUACAUCAUGAGACUGGAGCCGGGGCUCAGCUGCUGCAGUGUAGUUUGGCUGGUGUCAUGUCGUCUCACUUCCAGAUGUUGCUCAGUUCUCUCCUUGGCUCUCUCUGCUCCAAACUCACGGCUGACUGAACUGUGGCUGAGUGAGAACAACAAGAUGGAGGACUCAGGAGUGGAGCAGCUGUGUGAGGGGCUCAGGAGUCCAAACUGUAAACUGGAGACACUGUGGUUGGACUCUUGUGGUCUCACCUCGGCCUGCUGCUCAGCUCUCUCCUCGGUCCUCUCGUCUCCAAACUCACGGCUGACGUAUCUGAACCUGAACUUCAACAACCUGGGAGAUUCAGGGGCUCGUCAGCUGUGUGAGGGGCUCAGGAGUGACAACUGUAAAUUAGGGACACUGGGGUUCAGGUUAUGUGGUCUCACCUCGGCCUGCUGCUCAGCUCUCUCCUCGGUCCUCUUGUCUCCAAACUCACAGCUGACAUAUCUGGAUCUGAACGACAACAAUCUGGGAGAUACAGGGGCUCGUCAGCUGAGUGAGGGUCUUAGGAGUGACAACUGUAAAUUAGAAACACUGGAGCUGGAGAACAACGGGAUCAGUGAGAGUGAGGAGAGGAACCUGAGGUCACUACAGGAGGAGCUGAGGAGGUCUGGACGGCGGCUGACUAUCAACACAUGGGAAGAUCAGCAGUGGUGACCAGACUGACCCUGCUGUCAAUGACGGAGCCUCCCAUCUGAGCACCCAUAAAUUCUCCUCUUUCUUCUUUUUAUUCUCCUCUCUGCUCUGCUCCUCAUUUAAUAAACUCUCAAUGUUCCCCCAGA